AUGGUCAUUAAAGCGGACGAGAUGCCGCCGGCCGCCGUGCCGGCAGCCGCGCAGGGCGGCGAGCAGCAGGAGCCGGGGCCCCGCGGCAGGAGGCCGGCGGAGACGCAGCAGCGCCCCGAGCACCCUUCUGGCAUGGCAUUGAUGAAUGGCAGCGGCCCACACGAGAACCUCAAGGGUGAGAAGGAUGCCAGGCAGAAUGGGCACGAGGAGGCUGACCCAGGAGAAGAUGGGAAUGACCAGGAGGUGAUUGUCAUCCAGGACACAGGAUUCACCGUCAAGAUCUGCGCCCCGGGGAUAGAGCCCUUCUCCCUGCAGGUCUCUCCUCAAGAGAUGGUGCAAGAGAUCCACCAGGUUCUGAUGGACCGUGAGGACACCUGCCACAGGACCUGCUUCUCCCUGCAGCUGGAUGGCAACGUCCUGGAUAACUUUGCUGAGCUGAAAACCAUCGAAGGGCUGCAGGAGGGCUCGCUGCUGAAAGUGGUGGAAGAGCCCUACACGGUGCGGGAGGCCAGGAUCCAUGUGCGCCACAUCCGGGACCUGCUGAAGAGCCUCGACCCAUCAGAUGCUUUCAAUGGUGUGGACUGUAACUCACUGUCCUUCCUCAGUGUUUUCACUGAAGGAGACCUGGGAGACAGUGGCAAAAGGAAGAAGAAAGGUACCGAAAUGGAACAAAUUGACUGCACCCCUCCUGAACAUAUCCUGCCAGGUAGCAAAGAGAGACCCCUGUGUGCCCUUCAGCCCCAGAACAGAGACUGGAAGCCUUUGCAGUGCCUAAAGGUCUUGACCAUGAGUGGCUGGAACCCUCCUCCUGGUAACCGGAAGAUGCACGGGGACCUGAUGUACCUCUACGUCAUCACGGUGGAGGACCGGCACGUCAGCAUCACCGCCUCCACCAGAGGCUUCUACUUGAACCAGUCUACUGCAUACAACUUCAACCCCAAACCUGCAAACCCCAGUUUUCUCAGUCAUUCCUUGGUGGAACUGCUUAACCAGAUCAGCCCUACCUUCAAAAAAAACUUCUCUGCCCUGCAGAAGAAACGGGUUCAGAGGCACCCCUUUGAGAGGAUAGCUACCCCCUUCCAGGUGUACAGCUGGACGGCCCCGCAGGCAGAGCACGCCAUGGACUGUGUGCGGGCAGAGGAUGCUUACACCUCUAGGCUGGGCUAUGAAGAGCACAUACCUGGACAGACCAGGGACUGGAACGAGGAGCUGCAGACCACCCGGGAGCUGCCGCGCAAGAACCUGCCCGAGAGGCUGCUGAGGGAAAGAGCCAUUUUCAAGGUUCACAGCGACUUCACGGCGGCGGCGACGCGGGGGGCGAUGGCCGUGAUCGACGGCAACGUCAUGGCCAUCAACCCCAGCGAGGAGACCAAGAUGCAGAUGUUCAUCUGGAACAACAUCUUCUUCAGCCUGGGCUUCGACGUGCGUGACCACUACAAGGACUUUGGGGGCGACGUGGCUGCUUACGUGGCUCCCACCAACGACCUCAACGGCGUGCGGACCUACAACGCCGUGGACGUGGAGGGGCUCUACACGCUGGGGACGGUGGUGGUGGACUACAGAGGCUACAGGGUGACAGCUCAGUCCAUUAUUCCUGGCAUUUUGGAACGGGAGCAGGAGCAGAGCGUCAUCUACGGCUCCAUAGACUUUGGCAAGACGGUCGUCUCGCACCCCAAGUACCUGGAGCUGCUGGAGAAGACCAGCAGGCCGCUGAAGAUCCAGAAGCACAGAGUCCUCAACGACAAGAACGAGGAGGUGGAGCUGUGCUCCUCAGUGGAGUGCAAGGGCAUCAUCGGCAACGACGGGCGGCACUACAUCCUGGACCUGCUCCGCACCUUCCCCCCGGACCUCAACUUCCUGCCCGUGGAAGGGGAGGAGAUGCCAGCAGAGUGUAAGAAAAUGGGGUUCCCCAAGCAGCACAGGCACAAGCUCUGCUGCCUGCGCCAGGAGCUCGUCGAUGCCUUUGUGGAGCACAGGUAUCUCUUAUUCAUGAAGCUGGCUGCACUGCAGCUGAUGCAGCAGAAAGCCAACAAGCAGGAGAGCUCUGGAGCUCUGGAAAAUGGCUCCUCUCCGGAGAAUGGCUCUGCAGACAGCGAGAGGCCUGAGCCUGAGGAGGGCAAAAUGGAGGAGAACGUCACUGGGCUGGAGCAGGUGAAGGAGCUCGCUGAGACCAUUGCCUCUGAUGAUGGAGCAGUGGAUCCCAAAAGCAGGGAAGUGAUUCGGAACGCGUGCAAGGCCGUGGGCUCCAUCAGCGACACCUCCUUUGACAUCCGCUUCAACCCAGAUAUUUUCUCUCCAGGUGUUCGUUUUCCUGAGUCUAGCAAAGAGGAGGUGCAGGAUCAGAAGCAGUUGCUGAAGGAUGCUGCUGCCUUCCUGUUGUCCUGCCAGAUCCCAGGUUUGGUCAAAGACUGCCUGGACCACACAGUGCUGCCCAUGGAUGGAGCUACCUUGGCAGAGGCCAUGCACCAGAGGGGCAUCAACAUGCGGUACCUGGGCAAAGUCAUCAACUUCAUCUCCAAGACUCCUGGGCGUGCUCAGCUGGAUCACAUCUUUAAAAUAGGAAUCAGCGAAUUGAUCACCCGAUCGGCUAAGCACAUCUUCAAGACCUACCUCCAGGGUGUGGAGCUGUCAGGUCUGUCAGCAGCCAUCAGCCACUUCCUCAAUUGCUUUCUGAGCUCCUUUCCAAAUCCCAUUGCCCAUCUUCCAGCUGAUGAGCUGGUCUCCAAGAAAAAGAAUAAGAAAAGGAAAAACAGGAACCUUGGCAAUGCUGAUAACACUGCAUGGGCCAGCAUGACCCCUCAGGAGCUCUGGAAGAACAUUUGCUCUGAAGCAAAGAACUACUUUGACUUUAAUCUUGAAUGUGAAAAUGCUGACCAAGCAGCUGAAGUGUACAGCCUCCAGAAAAUCACCCUGCUGCGGGAGAUCUCCCUCAAAACUGGAGUCCAGAUACUGCUGAAAGAGUACAACUUUGACAACAGGCACAAGCCAACCUUCACAGAGGAGGACAUUCUCAACAUCUUCCCUGUGGUGAAGCAUGUGAACCCCAAAGCCUCAGAUGCUUUCCAUUUCUUCCAGAGCGGGCAAGCAAAGGUUCAGCAAGGUUUCCUGAAGGAGGGCUGUGAGCUCAUCAACGAAGCCUUAAACUUGUUCAACAAUGUGUAUGGUGCUAUGCAUGUGGAAAUCUGUGCCUGCCUGAGGCUGCUGGCUCGUCUCAACUACAUCAUGGGGGAUUAUUCAGAGGCCUUAAGUAAUCAGCAGAAAGCGGUGCUAAUGAGUGAGAGGGUCCUGGGUAUUGAGCAUCCCAACACCAUCCAAGAAUACAUGCACCUUGCCCUGUACUGCUUUGCAAACAGCCAACUCUCCACGGCGCUCAACCUGCUGUACCGCGCACGCUACCUCAUGCUGCUGGUCUUUGGGGAGGAUCACCCAGAAAUGGCCCUCUUGGAUAACAACAUCGGCUUGGUGCUGCACGGGGUGAUGGAGUACGACCUGUCCCUCCGCUUCCUGGAGAACGCCCUGGCCAUCAGCUCCAAGUACCACGGCUCCAAGUCUCUGAAAGUUGCACUGAGCCAUCACUUGGUCGCUCGAGUGUACGAGAGCAAGGCCGAGUUCCGGUCAGCGCUGCAGCACGAGAAGGAAGGCUACACCAUCUACAAAAACCAGCUUGGAGAACACCAUGAAAAGACCAAAGAGAGCUCAGAGUACCUGAAGUACCUGACCCAGCAAGCAGUGGCUCUGCAACGCACAAUGAACGAGAUCUACAAGAACGGCUCCAAUGCCAACAUCAUGCCCCUGAAGUUCACAGCUCCCAGUAUGGCCAGUGUCCUGGAGCAGCUCAACAUUAUCAAUGGAAUUCUCUUCAUUCCACUAAGCCAAAAAGACUUGGAGAACCUUAAAGCAGAGGUGCAGCGACGCCAGCAGCUCCAGGAGAGCAUAAAGAGUGGUGAGCAGCUGGAGCCAGAGGACAAAGCUGUGGAGGAGAAAGAGGCUGAGCCAAGCAUGCCUUCUGCUGAGAUCCCCUUAACACAGAGCUCUGCUUAACGUGUACCUCGCUUCAACAAACAAAACACAACAAAAAGUUUCAACCACCCUUGUCUGACUCUGCCCUCCCGGAGCUGGGAGCCCCUGGGGAGCAGCUCCUCCUUUUUUUGACAAUGUUAUUGCACUGGUACAAUUAAUACACAAUGCAAAGAACUAAGCUGAGAAAUGUAUCUGUCUGACUGGGCUUGGCUGCCACGUGUGGAGGGCAAGGGGGCCAGGAGGCCACCACUGCCACCUGCCCUUGAGUGUGUGUGUGGCUGCUGCGUGUGUGUGUGCCUGGCCUCCUCCUCCUCUUCUUUCUACUCUGUACAGAAGCAAUUCCAAACGAACUGUAUCCAGCUUGUGACAUUUCUCAGGUCAUUUUUAUGUUGACUUAAGGACACUGCUUUGCUCAACCAGUACAAAACCACCCCCCCCACCCCCCUUGCUCAGCAGUCUUGUACCAUUGUGGAUUCUGAGCCAAAAGGUUGAUUCACUUUUCCCCUCCUCCCUGCCCCAGUCCCAGCCUGGUUUGUGCUGAGAAGCCAGCAGCCAUCUGUGUGUGGCUCAGCUGCCCUGCAGCCACCUGGAGGGGCAGGGUUGGGGGUGCUCAGCAUUUUCUACAUCAGGAUCCAGCCACUGGAAUUCUUUCACCAUUUGGUUGUUUUUUUUUUUUUCCUACUCCUGGUUGGCAAUUUGGCAUUUCAGGGGGGUUUUGUAAUUCACAUUCUAAUUUUUGAGGGAAAGCUAUAGAUAGAGAUGAGAUAUAUAGAGAGAUAUAUAUGCUACUGCCAGCCCCACCUCUGCUCUGAGUCACUGGGGGUGCUGCAUCCAAAGAGGGGGGGCUGGCUGCUGGAAACGCACACAACCAUCCCUGUGAUGGACACCCAGUGCCUAGCACAGCCUGGCAGUGCCACCCACCCAGGGCUGCACCACAGGGACUUGGCAGGAAACUGGGGCCCUGAAGGGGCCCAGUUACAAGAAGGGGGAGUAGGAGAGGAGGAACAGAAACAGGGAUGGGGUCUCACUGCUCACAGCCCCUGGCCCAGAGCUGCUGGGCUGUGACCCAAGGGGCGAGCUGGGGCAGGCUGGACUCAUACCUGAACCUGCCAGGCUGUGGGGAGGGAGUGUAAAUGAGAACUAACCCCCCACUGCCCCCCAGCACUGCCACCAGUACCCUCCUGCCUCCCUUUUUUUGCACACUGGUUUAGGAUGGUUGCCAGAGGAGCUUCCAUUGCUGGCAAUGGACGUUGCUGCCAUGGCAGAUGCCACUCGCCCAAGCCUGCUGUCCCCUCCCUGCCACACACACAUCCCCUGGUGGCUGUCCAUGACCAGCAGCUGCUCCCCUGGCCACAGCAGGCCCAGGGCAGGUAAGAGGUGGCCACUGCAGGCCGUGGUGUGCCGACAGAGUUGAAUGUCCUCUCUCCAAACAGCUCCAGCUGUGGAACACCCACGGCUAGCACCCAGCCCCUCGCUCCUGCUGUCUGUCCCGGGUCAUCCCCUCUGCUAAUUGGCCUUGCUGCUUUUACUGACCCUCUGGAGAACCUGUGCUGUCGCCACACUCUGUGCCCUCGGUCCCCUGCCCUGCACCACAGGUACCUGUAACCCUGGGGGGAAGAAGAGAGGAGCAGCCUCCACGGUGGUCGAGGUGGUGGUGAAGCAGGAGGAGUCUUUGCUGCAAAGAACUUGCUCCUAAGUAGAGAGAUUCUGAAUUUCCUGGAAAGCAAUCAAUAAAUGACUUCAGUGCAUCUUUCCUACAAGAUUUUUCUUUUUCCUAGUGUC